AUUAAAGCUACGACUAUCAGCCAAGAUCUGAAGAAAGCCCUUGUUUCUUGGUGUUCGCAUGGUAUGGAACACAACUUCCUAGAGGGAAAGCAACACCAUGAACCGAUCCAAUAACAAUUCUUCGCAUGCCAACAUGGCCCGUCCGUCGGGUUCGUACUAUACCAAGGAAUGGGUCUAUGCUGGUAUUGGGCUCUACGUACCAUUAAGCAUCUUAAUCACGCUGGGCAACAUGCUGGUCAUUGCCGCGUUUUUCUCGACUCCUAAACUCAAGACAAAAACUAAUUACUUUAUUGUGUCGCUCGCGUUUGCCGAUCUUAUCGUCGGCACGUUUUCGGUUCCGAUGUGGUUACGUAGUCUCAUUACCGAGGACUUUGCGAACCCUGUUUAUGAGUUUUAUUUGUCGGUCGAUAUGUUCUCGGGGAUUUCGUCUAUCAUUCACUUGGCUUGUAUUAGUCUAGAGAGAUGUUAUGCCAUCGUGGCGCCGCUGAAACACAUGAAUAUUAAAAAAGGCAACUUUUACAUUGCUAUAUUCAUAUCAUGGGUACUAGGAAUUGUUGCACCAUUGCUCAAGCUAUAUUCUGGGUUACACACGAUUUUCAUCUCCACUUUUAACACGUGUGCUUUCUUCUUUGCUCCAUUGGUUGUUAUCCUCUUGGCUUAUGUCAUUAUAUUUGCAUCAGCAAGAAAGAGUAUGGCCAUUCGUAAAGAAAAGUCCAUUAAAAAGGAUCUUCACAUCGCGUACACCAUUGCUCUAGUCAUAGGCAUAUUCGUCAUAUGUUGGCUACCAUUCUUCGUCACCAUGCUGUUAAAUAACUUUUGCCCAGCAUGUAGAUCCGUUGUACUUCUUUUUCCAUACCUAAUGGCCGUCAGGUUUUUACACUACUUUAACUCCAUGUGUAAUCCCAUUAUCUAUUGCGUUAGAAAUAAGCGAUUUAACAUGGCGUUUACUAGGAUUUUACGUCGCAUAUUCUGCUGUAUUAAUCCAAAAAGUCGGCAACAAGAAAAAAUUGAUUUUAGAAUGGCAAAUUACAGGAACACCAUCAGGAAGAAAACUAUACGAAAUGGCGAGCAUGCGCAAUUUAUAACAGGAUCUUGUGAACGUCGUUACAUUAAACCUUGAUAGUAUCGAGUGGUUGAACCUCUGGGAACACCGAAGGAGAAGAAACACCGAAAAUUGUGGCGAAAAACGGCCGCACGAUGAAGCUCAUUGACGCUAUCGCAAUCGGAAUCCAAUGCGAUGAUUAAGUACUAAAACUACUUUUGACCGUGCAUGUCAUGAAGCACAUAACCUCACUUCAAACAAAUACAAUUUUGCGCUAGCUAGCCCGAGUUCACACUAUUAGCGUCUAGUAUAAAACAUUAAACUAAUUCGUAUAUAUGAAUAUUAGUAUAA